AUGAAAAACAUUUUCUUCUUUAUGAUAUAUUUCUUUCACGUUUUUUUUUUAUCCACCAGAUUUCAGGCUGGGGAAGCUGUCUCGGGAGUAAGUCAAGUAAAGUCAUCUGUUCAGCGGGCAAUAAAGGCCAAACUUGUUGAGCAGUUUCCUCCCAUAGAAGAUUUCAUGGCAGAAAUACUUCCUAAAAAAGAGUCUUUAGUGGUGGUGAAAUGGUAAGUCCAUUGUGGGUCUUCCUUUUCCCUGUUUUUAAAUUUUAUUUUAUAUCUAUUUAUGAGAAAGGUCAAUAAUUGUUGUUUUAACCCUUUACAGCCCAAAUUUAUUUUGGAAUUUAUUUAAGUUUUCCAAUGCUAAAAUAACUAAAAACUGUAAAAUAUUGAGAUUUUAAGCUAUGAUUACCAAACUUUGAGAGAAACAUCACUAAUAGCUAGACUUUACAUUGCAGUGUUCAGAAAAACGUUUGAUGUUGAUUGACACCUGUCAUGAUGUGACAAAACAGAUAAUCAAUGUGACACAAAUAUAAAGUAAUGUUCUUUCCAUGCCUGUACAACCCUGUGGUAUUUUAGGAAAAUUAAGGAUUGUAGUACAAAACGAAGCUAAAUGUCUACUGAGCAAUUUAACACCAAAUUUAACUACUUUUUAAAAUUUCAAACCCUUAGAACAUAGCAUUUUGUCAAGCGACGUGACAUGUCACGCAACCCAGCAAAACCAAAAAGUUGACUUGCAGUAAAAAAUGACCAGUGUAAAGUACAAAAAAAUGGUAUAUACACAUUAGAAACAUUUCCUGUGUUCCUUUUGACAUAGUGAAGAGUCUAUGGCUGAUGGUAAAGUCGAAAGCAAGGCGCAGCACAAAGGCCGACGUCACAGUCAGGACAAUAAUAGCUGGUCCUCUUCACCUUUCCUCCAUCAUAACAAACUUUGCACCUCCUUUCUAAUCUUUUCCCCUUCGCAUUGGUUGGGAGAAAGUCAGGGAAAUGUCUUUCAAUAUGUCUAGCCAAUAAAUGUUCAUCAGAGGGCCUUCCACGCUUUCUUCGCGAAGAAAAAUUGCCAAUUAGCUGUUUGGCAAGGUCAAUCCGGAACAGCUUCUGACUCCGUUUUGCAUGGUGUGUAGAUUCUUGCUCAAGUACAAAGCUGUUGUAAAUGGAUCUAUCAAUAAGAUCAUAGAAGAUUCUGCUCCACCAUUUCUUUCCAGCCACUGGGAUGGGGUAGUAAGACUUCAUCUGGUCAUUUUUAUCCACACCACCCAUGUAAGUGUUGUAAGAUGAAACCAAUUCGGGACAGGGUAUUUUCUCAAUGGUGCCAUUCUGUUGUUUGCGGUUCACCUCAGGAAGUUGCUGUGCAGGGGCUUGGGUGUAGGUGCCAGUUGCAUGGACUGCUUUCUUGUCCAUCCAUGUUAAAGCCAACACUGGACCCUUCAUUCUCCACACCACAUCACCCCUCUUCAUUCUUUAGAUCGCUGCUUUGUCAUAGAGGCAUGCAGGGAACUCUUUUCGGCCUGAUCUCAAAGUCCCACAACAGAGUAUUUUGUUGAGAUACAAUUCCUCAAUAAGCCUGUAUGAGGUAAAAAAAUUGUCACAGAAAAUUGCAUACCAGUGGCCUUGAACAAGUUGACAAAGCUUGGUGACCACUGAGUAUCCCAAGCCAUGUUGCACUCCUUGUGGGGAUUUACCUGUGUAAAUGUCAAAUUCACACAGGUAACCAUUGGUGCUGUCAGCUCUGCACCACAUCUUGAUCCCCCUCUUUAUUGGCUUCAUAGGCAUGUACUGCUUCAGGGAGGUCCUUCCCUUGUAGUUUAUCAUCGCCUCAUCAACAGCUUGCUCACGGUGGGGAUUGUAAUUUAUUCGAAAGUUAGUGUUCAGGUCAUUGAGAAAUUCUCUCACCUUGAAAAGCUUGUCGAAAUUUGGCUCCCCACGCUGUGGCAUUUUGCUGUUGUCACAAAGGUGGAGGUUGUUCCAGAUCUCCAAGAACCUGUUCCUAGGCAUUACUUUUGCAAAUUCUGGGACCCCCAGCACCCAGUCAGAUGACCAGUAAUCUCGCAAACUUGGGAGCCUGUGAAUACUCAUGGCAAUGAGAAGGCCCAAAAAUGCCUUCAGUUCUUCAAGAGAAACCUCUUUCCAGCUACGAACAUCUUUGUUUCUAGCUUGUAAUAACUGACAGGCAUAGCGAUUUGUCUCUCUUGUGAUAUUUCCCAACAUACGAUUAUCAACAAACAGUUGGAAAAAGUCUACAGCUAAGGACUCUCUGGGCAUAACAUUCGCUGGUCCAACAGCUUGCGAAAAGCUGGGAAUAUCAAUGUCACUUCUCACACUACUCCAUUCAAAGUCAUUUAGACUUACAUUGCUUGGUCUUCCUCUGCCACUAUCCUGAUCACCGUUUUCCUUGAUAUCAAGAGCGGCGAGGUGUACAUUUUCGUCACCUUCAUCUUCAGAGACAGCCACUUCAGGAAGCAGAUCAUUUUCUUCAUCCAAAUCAUCAUCAAGGCCUUCGAUGUCAGAAUUUACUCCAUCGUCGGGGAUAUCGAAGUUACCGUCCAAAUAGUCCAAUACUUCUGGCACAGUGUAGCGCCGUUUAGCGCUUGCCAUGAUUAAAUGACCUUUAAAAUUUCCCAGGAAAAUUGACAGUCGAAGAAAGUAAAAAAAGUCUCACUAAAGCAAGCUAAAAUCGUCUGAAACUACGAAAAUCUAAGUAUCCAAGAUGGCGAAUGAGUUUUUUAGCCUAGAGAGGUCUGGGGACUAAAUAUGGAGAAUCCGCUGAGCCAAAAUCUUCUCUUUCUUGUUAUGGGCGAUAUAUCGGCCAUUGGGCCGCAAAGGGUUAAAUAAGUUACAUUAUGAAACGCCGGGGUUACUGACACCCUGUCCACUAAAAUACAUUUUCAAAAGUAUGCAUUUUCAUAGUCAUUGAAAACAGAUUGAUCGAUUUGCGUCCACAGUACUGUUUUGAUGCAUUUUUGACUGUCCAAACUAAAACAUUCAAAAAGGUUAGAUCUGCAUGUGUGAUGUAAGUCAAACUCUAUGCGCAUGCUCGGGUAUGCCCAGGUUCAACACACGUGGUAUAUAUGACGCCAUUGUUUUCGGUCUGAUGUGUUUUCUACCGUUUUUGGCUGUCAACACUAAUACAGUUGUUUGCAGUUUCAAAUUGAUGCAUUUCUUAUGAAAACACUAAGCAUAUUAGUGCAGAUGGCAGGCCUUAAUGCAUCAAAAUGUAUGUGUUUUCAAACAAAAGUGAAUUAGUGUGGUCAGGGCGGCUAAUUGCCAACGAGCAAGCCGAGCGCAGACAGUCGGCUUGCGAGGCGGCCAGCUUAAUGCCACGCAAAAUAUUGCAGCAGGCAGAAAAACUCUCGAUCCUGCUGUGAAAAGUGUAAUGUGAGGUGUAAAUUCCCUGGGGAUUUUAGUGGCGUUAGAUUUCAUGAGUAGUUUCACGUGACUUUUGAUGACCUUUGUUGUAAACGGACGAACCUUCAAAGUUUGGACAAUGUUCUCUGCCACACUACUGUACUUGUACGAACUACAACUCGCCAUUUCAAGUUUGCGUUAACCUAUAAAUGUUAUUUCCCUUUCGCUGUUUGAAACUCGACAAGUUUAAGGUUCAAAAAUGUCUAAGCAUAAGAAUAAGAGCAAUUUUAGAACCAAGAGCAUGGCAGAAAUGUAGGAACGAGGAGUGCUUGUAGUGGAAAUUCUCGGCUCAGCAGCUAACAUGGUUUUAUAAACAUUGGAACUAAAACCGAUGAUGUAGGCAAAGUCUUUUUCUUUCGUUGGCACUUAGCGAAAGCUACGACUAGUUAUAGUGGGCCAGCUAGUAAUAGUUGAGAAAUUAAGGUUGUUUUGUCAUGAGCAUUUAAUUCAGCAUUCCAUAUAGAGAGAAGCAUUUGCAGGAUUCCCUUACUUACUUAGGCCGGGAUUCAUCCUGAGCCAUGCUAACAAAAUAUUUCCACAUGACCUGAUCGAGCAUUGUAUCUCUUAUUUCUUUUGUAUUGUCCAGUCCAGUACAGUCAGCCUUGAUGUUCUCAAUGUAUGUAAUUCUUGGUCUACCACGCUUUGGGUGACCAUGCUGGGGUUCCCAAAGCAGCACUUUUGAAGUAGUCUCCUCAUUGUGAUGAGCACACUGGUCAGUUUAUCUUAAUCUUUGUGCAUGAAAAUUGUUUUACUGACUCUUGGGAGGCUCCCAUGUAGUUCGUGGUUGUUCAUAUGUUGUUGCCAGUGCACGUUCAGGGCCGUUCACACUAUUCAUUGAUACUUCUCCAGCUUCCUUGUCAGGGUCCACAUUUCCCUUCCAUAGAGUAAGACAGACUCCACAGUUGCUUGAAAUAGUCUGAUCUUUGUGGCUCGUGGUAGCUUUGAGGUCCAUACGUUUCUCAUUUUGUUGCAAGCUAUCCAAACUGAAGCCUUUCUGAACUUGAAGUCAUGUUCUGAGUCACUGAUCCAUGAACCCAGGUAUUUAAAGUUCUCAAGAGGUUCAAUUACUUUGUUGUCUCGUUUUUUGCGCCCAGCUGAUGGUUAAAAAAUGUCUAUUUUGUCUUUUUUGCAUUUGGUAGAAGACCAACAUUGACUGGUAAUUCUUCAACAUUUCUGAGUAGCUCUUGCUCUUGUUGAAACUGACCACUAAAAAGAGCAAUGUUGUCUGCAACUUUUAGAUUCAGUGACUUUUUCGGCCUAAACUCUGUGACCUUGUCUUUGCUUGCCUUUUUGUUUAAGUCCAAGGCUCUCCUCCUGUCCAUCAAUAGCCUACCGGACUACAUAGUCCAAUACUAUUAUCAACAAGUAAGGGGCAAGAGUAUAUCCUUGUAGCACACCUGUGGUGAUUUUGAAGAAUUCAGUUUCUGCACUGUCAGGGGAAAGGAGAUUACAAUUUGUACAUGUAGCUUGUGUUUCCUUGUGGGUUAUACCAUUAUUGCAUCCACCAGUCACUUGGGGAUGCCAUAGGCCUUGAGAAUCUGAAGCAAUUCUUUCUCCUGUUCAUAGAACCAAAGCCAUUUCUGAAGUCAAUGAAUGUAAUUACUGCCAGCAAGUUUCUGGCUCUGAUCCCUUCAUUAAUUUUUCUUAGUGUCAGGAUUUGUGCCAUGGUGGACCUACCAGUGUUGAACCUGGAUUGUUACGGAAGUAGUGGGUUGAGGAAGGACUGAAUGUAAUAAUUAUUUUGAUAUCAUUCUGUUGACAACUUUGAGUAUUCUUUUAUGUAUAUUCUUUUAUAUACAGAGAAACUUAUUUCCCUCUAGUUGCUACAAUGUAAGUUGGCCAACAUAAUAACAAUACCUUAUAUUGUCACUUGUAUUGUAAAAAUUUUGUUCUUGCUUGGUAGUACAAAGGACGUGUGUUAUGUCUUCUUUUGGAGCACUUCUUAAUCAUCAUCUGAGCCAAGCAAAGGUCUAACCAUUUGCCAGGCAAGGGCAGAACCCUCAAGUUACUCAGUUAUUGUAAGACCCUAAAUAUUGGUCUAGAGAAUCAAACCUGCGACUUCCCACUCUGCAGACCAGUCCCCAGUUGUUCAAAAGGUGGAUAACACUAUCCACUGGAUAGCGCCAUUGGUUCACCUAAUACUUAUCUAUUGUAUAGUGAUUGAUCCAGUGGAUAGCUCGAUCCAACUUUUGAACAACUGGGGCCAGCACUCUACCAACUGAACAAAGGCAGCUGCAGUUACCGUAAAAACUCGUGUAUAAGCCGCACUCGUGUAUAAGCCGCACCCCCAACUUUCAAGCAUGACUUUGAAAAAAAAAAAAAAAAAAAAAGCGCUUUUGUAAAAAAGGUGAUCGUUUGUUCGCGCAUCAAAAUGUUCACAAAUAAACUUGAGGAAAUUUAAUGUUGUGUAUUUGCAGUGACAUUUUAAAUAAGUUAAUCAACUCUGAAAAUACCUUUUAAAAGGUUCUCUUUAAUCAACUUCCCCAUUUCCUGCGAAAGACAACAGUUCUCUUCAUUGCUAAAGCUCACAGUUGAAAUGAAAAUGGAACGAUGGAACGAAAAUAAAGCGCUGGAGAAUGCUACAAAACGAUUGCUUAGUAACCACGCGUUUAUUUGACGAGGGAAGUCUGGACACCAGAGAAGGACACAAGUAAACAAAUGCUGGAAACCAUCAAGGUUUUCAGUUCAAUUUGUGACCCCUACAAGCCAGUUUACUCCCUUUGAAGGGGUCUCGUGUAUAAGCCAAAAUUUUUGUUUUUUCGAUAAAAAACUAAUAAAAAUUGCAAUAUCCCAAAAUUCUUGUUUUAGAUAAAGAGCUAAUAAACAUUGCAAUAUAUGGGAAAGAGAUACACGUAGGAAAAAAGUCAAUUCUAAAACUUAGCCUACCUAGCUGCAUAUCUUUACUUGCACAUGUCUGAACUCUUGCACAAAUUGAAUAUAUAAAAAAAUAGAGUAAUUCUGCUUUCUGAAUCAUAAACACAGUUUUGUAUUGAUUUCUUCCUUUAUGCGUAAAGAAUAACUCAGGCAGGGGCCAGACAUUGAACUUUUCGUAAGACAAACCAAAUUGUGAUUUGGGUCAACCUUAAUUGAGUUCGGUUCUGCAGAGUCAAAUGUUGAACUUAACUAAGCAUUGAACUAAUUUCAAAGGAACAAACAUGAUGUGAAACAGCUACAUUCAUUUGUAGGAAUCCCACUUUACAAAAAUUUGCUAACAUAACAGACAGUUUUCUUUGUCCUGGUAAAUGAAUCUUACAGUUUUUUUUAACAAAUGGCUUGAUACAGACAUACAAACUGUUCAGAUAGACAGCACACUUUAACAUGUACCCUUUGAUGUUUGUAUGCUUCAUAAUUUGAGAUAGCACUCACACUGUAGAGGGCACUUUUUUUCUUUCACAAAACCUUGAACCUUUCAUGACUGCUCAUGUUGUAGCCUCAGUCAGCUGACUUUGAAGGACUAAUAAGAAUCAAUACAAGUUGACUGCACAUGAUCAACUGCAAAAAAAUGUUUUUGUGAUGAGGAUAAAAUUUAUCAAUCAAAUAAAUAUUUUACAGUAUCAUGCAAAUUUUAAAUUUAUUCAUGGAGUUCGUUCAUCUCUUGAGAUAUGCAUAAUAUUAAUUUUGUCCCCAAAGUAUGAAGUUGAACAUACAGUGUAACUGAGAUGAUCUAAAUUUGUUGAAUUUAAAUAUGAACUCAUUUCGCUCAGUUUAUUUUGUCACCUGAAAAGUUUGAUAUUCGUGCUGGGUUUAAAAAUACAGGUUUUUCAUUGGAAAGUUUAAUUAUUAAAAUUUUUUUUUAUCCUUUUUCGUAGCCAUGAACACAUUGAAAUAUUAUCAAUCAAUCAAGAAAUUCUAUUCUUCCGACAAAGAGAGGGGGAUUAUUUACCAUCACUGAGACUUCUUCAUAAAUGUAAGUGACUUGAAAAGAAAUCAUAAUAAUUUAUUAUUCAUCUUUUUGUUCUAUUGUAAAGCUACGUCCAAACAGAGCCAACAACUACCAACUUUGUUGGUGAACAAUGUUGGGAGUUGUUGUGUCCAUUUGCAGGUAGCUAAAAUUUUGGCUGGUUUCAAACUCUGUGCCACAACUCUGGUUGGUUUGAAUUGUCAAAAUAGUUAAUUAAGAUGAUUUAGGUUAUGGCUUACCCGUAACCCUAAACAUCAAUAGGACUUUGUUUAUUGUAUGCUCUUAUCUAUGUGAACCUUUGCAUUUAGCAGUCAUUUAAUGUGUCGUGCAAAUCAGCGUCAACACUCCCUCCCUACCUGGGAGGUUUAAACUUGUUCUGGCUCGUUUGCUUAAUUUUUGUCAAUAAUAAAGAUUAGAAUUUUUGCCCCAUCCCAUUUUCAAGUCUUUUCUUAGUUUUAAGUGUUAAUUCCUAUUUCCAACAACACACAACAACAUGCAACAGGGUGUGCAAAAGGAUGUAACAUGUAACAGUCUACAAUGUUGGGAGUUGUUUGCCAACAAUGUUGCAUCUGUUUGCACCGGCUUAAGGCAGUAUUAAAAAAUGCUGGCCUGCAUAGACCUUUUCCAUGGCUUUUUCAAUUUCUGGGAAGCUUUUGUACACAUACUUAUGACAAAUUAAUCAUUUGACAUAAGAUGAAUAAACUCAAAGCCAUGCCAAAGAAAUCUUCAAAUCAUUAUUAUUAGAUGUUGUCAUCCAGAAGAUGUGACAGGGCCUAAAAAGCAUUGUGUGAGACUAGUGGUAGAAAUCUCAAGGCCUCUUUGACAAAUUCAUAACUUCUAUCAAUUCUACAAUCGCUGUGGGCAUUUUGAGGAAUCAUUAUAUGUUUGUGUAUAUAGUUGGAAUUGUGACCCAGACAUACUGAUCUCCCAACAGUUGCAGCCUAAAAUGUCUUUAAGAAAUUGAACUUAAGUGGAUUAGUGCUAACCAGUCUUUGAGCAAGUGGUCCCUUUUGUUUUGGCAGUUUUUUGUUACAGUACAGUCAUGUAACUGUAACACAAGGGAAUCAUUAAUGACCACGUACAUUGUAUUCAAAGCAUCAAGCUUUAUGGUUGGAACAUUUUGUAAAUAGCUACCUCUUGUUAGCUUCAGAUCCCAUAGAUUUGUGUAUCUAGCAUUACAUUUUAUUCACUUUAUUUUAGAUCCUUUAAUCCUGCCUCAGCAGCAAGUUGACAAGGGUGCGAUCAAAUUUCUUUUAAGUGGUGCUAACGUAAUGUGCAGAGGACUAACAAGCCCAGGUGCUAAACUAGCUGCCUUACCCAAAGGAACUGUAGUUGUAUCCUUGCUUGCCACCAAUAUAGUAGUACUUAAAAAAACUGUUAGUUGAAAUAUGAAUGUAAUCCUAAGUAGGGCUGGUGAUGUGUAAUAGGCCUUGGUGCAACCCGGAAAUAAUUGUUGGGCUCUUAACAAUUUUAUUGAAACACAGUCUUGGCUGUCUGACAAUGAUUUGUUCUUCUACAGUGUCACCAGUUGAUGGUGUUUGAACUUUAUCCAUUGACCUGAUUGGUCAAUUAGGUUGUGAUCUGAUUGACUGUCUAUAAGUUACCAGUCAGCCGUGAUGUCAUUGGUUUUGCAAACUCUUUAUUUGUCUCUUGUUAUUUUUAUAUCUGUAACCGUAUUGUAAGUCAAAUUUGUCAAUUUUUGUUAAGUCAGAUUGGCGUUGCUUAAUUUCGUUACAAGUCGUUUGUAAGGCGCUCUGUGUAAGUUUUAUUUUUAAGGGAAAGUUCCGUACGAGGAUUUCGUUAAAACAAGGUUCCACUGUGGCACGAAACACGAUUUCUUUACUUACCCCUCCCCUCCUCCUUCUGAGAUUUCCCCGCGAGGAAUAAUUUCAUCUCUACUAUACUACUCAGGACGAGAUCAAACAAUUGUUUACCACAAAGACAGGCAGGAAGAGACAGAUCCGGAGAAGCGGUGACAUUUAGUGCCAACAGAGCCUCUUACCUUUGUCUUUAAAGAAGAGGCAAAAAAGUGGCUCUACAAUAAUCGUGCAAUUCCAUUGUAGUCGCCCCAACCCCAACGUUUGGUAUAGUUUUCCAGCUGGGUCUGCUGUGUAAACGUCGGCAAGAACCGAAACGCCCGUUAUUCUUUGAAAGAUUUUGAUCCGCCUCGUUGAUAUGUUUGACAACGCGCAUUAUUCCUGUCAAACUUUUACAAACAUUGAGGCAGCUAUUGGAGGACGAAUACGAUGACAAGUAGAAUAAGCAUUGACGUCAUUACGCUGCUACGAGAACUCCGGUGUCAAUAUAUGACAAUGAUCAAAACGAAUUUUCAACUUACAGCUGUGGUAACCGUGUUACUCUAAUAGCACGUAGCUUGCGCUCAAAAUUGGGAGGGGCUGCCCCAGAAAAAACAGAGCCACUUCAAGCCAACAUUUAUUAAUUGAAAUGUUGCAUACGUGUGCAAGUGUGGGUACAAUGCAAAUUGUUGAAAAGUUGAUUCUUCGCACAAGCUUGUGCCAAGAUCCCCCUGAAUACGACGAUAUUCCAGAAAGGCCUGUACAGUAAUAAUGAUUUAUUCAGGGCUCAAAGGGAAGUAGUGUUAAGCUUGUAUCUAAAAUAAACAUUGUUACCUUAACAUUCUCUUCAGGCAAUAACUGCUGAGGGAAAACAACAUGCAGUAGCCAUCGGAAAAAUGACAAUGUCGUCAGAAGAAAUGUAAGUAUUUCACAACGACCACGAACAUAACGCAUGUCAACACUGAAAGCUGAAGGUGGGUGACGGAAGGGAAUGCGGAGCCUUUGCCUCAUAAAAUACCACACGUCACCUUUAUUGUUCCUGUGAUCAUGUUUUGCAAGUUUUGAGGCAGUUUCAAAGCUCAGCCAGUGCAAGUGAAACGAAAGUAGGCAUUGAAUUAAAUUUCAUUUUUUCUCUUCGACAGACGUGAAACCAACAAAGGCAUUGGCAUUGAAGUAAUUCAUUUCUUAAAUGAUGGACUUUGGCAAAUGAAGCAACUCGAGAAGUAAUAAUAUAAAUGGAAAAGAAAACAGAGUUUCUACAAAUUUGAAUGGUGCUGGACAACUCUGAGAGAUGGUGACAUCUUGGUAUGAUGGACGGACUUGACAGUCAAUAAGAGGGUGUUGUGUUUCAGCCUUUUGAAGGACGCUACUCCGCUCAAAAAAGGAGAAGAAUGGACUUCACAACGAAGUUUAUUACAAAUAAAUUAAAAUAUUUUAUCAGUUUGUAGCCAGUUUGUCUUUUGGCAAUCCGCCCGUAUCAAAAAAGCGACGAGAGCGACUCAACGUUCUAGCCCGGACGAGGGCAUGCUCGUUUUGGUUUUGCAUAGGUGUGGGCUAAGCAUGCCUUAAAAGUAGGACCUGUUUUAGAAUGACUUGGAUUGCCCCGCACUGAACAAGAACAAGAGAG